AUGUCUUCCAACACUGCUACUUCUGCUGCUGCUGCCACUGCCAACAAGGCACUCAUUGGUCUCCUUGACAGGCUAAAUGAGAUAAUGGAACAGCUGAGAUUCAUCGGGCUCAGAGGGGUACUGCGCAAUUGGUGCAAGUACCGGAUUGGGGUUGUGUUGGGAACAAUGAGGACAUUUGCUGGGGUCACCCCUUAUAUCCCAAGACAUUGGGUCCUGCACCCACUGUUGCCACCCUUUCUGCUGGCCCAUCUCUAUCUGUCCCUCGACCAGGCACCAGGCACUAGCACACCAGCACCGGCACCACCAGCAAGAGCUCGAGUGCGAGCAUGGGCAUCAGCACCAAAACUGGCACCAGCACCGGCACCAGCACCAGCACCAAAACCAGCUUCCAGCCUCACAAUCAGCAUCCCUGGAGGUGCAAUUGCAGGCCCAUCAAAACCUUGCAAGCGACAAUUCAGCGCCAGCCCCCCAUGUCCGGUCAAGAGGGCCCGGAAGGCUGUCCCCAAGUUGAACAGGAAUGAGAGGCUGAAGGGAAAAGGAAAGGCAAAGGCAAAGGCAAAGGCAAAUGCAAAUGCAAAGGCAAAUGCAAAGGCAAAGGCAAAGGCAAAGGCAAAGGCAAAGGCAAAGGCAAAGGCAAAGGCAAAGGCAAAGGCAAAGGCAAAGGCAAAGGCAAAGGCAAAGGCAAAGGCAAAGGCAAAGGCAAAGGCAAAGGCAAAGGCAAAGGCAAAGGCAAAGGCAAAGGCAAAGGCAAGGACGCCGUCACCGGUUGAGCAAAUGGCUGUGAAAGAUGUCGAUGGUGAUCAGGAAGUCGAUUCCCGGAAAUCAAGACGUCCGGUCGUUAUGGUCCAUAUUCGGCUGACCCCAUCUGCAAAUAGGAAGGUCAAGGUUGCUGAUAAGGAGGAAUAUGACCCGGAGGAAGAUGAAGGGGAUGAUGAAGACGAUGAUGAAGAAGACGAUGAAGACGAUGAUAUGGGCCCUACCAAUGGUUCCAAAUCCAAGCGAAAGCCAAAUGUCAAGCCUCGCAAAGGGCAAGAACCAGUGUAG